GACCCGUAGUUGUCUGCCGCGGGGCGGGCUGGGAUUUGUAGUUUUGAUACUAGAUACUCCUGUUUUCCUCCCGUUUUCUUUCUCCAGACUUUCACCUCUGGGGACCAGCGAGGUUUUUCCAGGCAAAACAACGAAUCCUUUUUGGAAAGCUGGCAAUUCACUUUUCAUCUCUGAACCUCAGUAACUGGGAAUGAAUCUUACCCAAAAUACCUUCUCAGCAUUGGGACGGAGGACAAAUAAAGUGCUUGAAAAGAAGGUGUCACCAGCAUCAUUGGUUCCCUUGCUGAUAAGUUAGUGAACAGCUCCACCCUACAGGAGCGACACCGAGGCCCAGAGAAAAGUAUAGAUACCCAAGGAUAGACACUUUCGUGGACGGACUUUCUAUUCCUUGCACUUUUUACAAAGGCGGCUCUCUUAAGCAACUCUGGGCUUCCAUCUUCAUAUCUCACCCAGAAAUCAUUUCCAACAGCCGCUGGAACUGAAAAUAUCCCAGCCCCUCUAGGAUAUCCCACAAUCAGGUCACCCACGUGGACGCCCAACCUCCAGCAUUUCUCUUAACACCAUGAAGCAGCUGCCAGUCUUGGAGCCUGGAGACAAGCCCAGGAAAGCAACAUGGUACACGCUGACCCCCGCUGGAGAUGGCCCAUGUGCUCGGGUUGGCCACAGCUGCUCGUACUUACCCCCCGUUGGUGAUGCCAAGAGAGGGAAGGUCUUUAUUGCUGGGGGAGCAGAUCCAAACAGAAGCUUCUCCGAUGUGCACACCAUGGACCUGGAAACACACCAGUGGGACUUGGCCACCUCGGAGGGCCUCUUGCCCCGGUAUGAGCAUGCCAGCUUCAUUCCCUCUUGCACACCUCACAGCAUCUGGGUGUUUGGAGGUGCCAACCAGUCAGGAAAUCGAAAUUGCCUACAAGUUCUGAAUCCUGAAACCAGGACUUGGACCACGCCAGAGGUGACCACCCCCCGACCAUCCCCACGAACAUUCCACACAUCAUCGGCAGCCAUUGGAAACCAGCUGUAUGUCUUUGGGGGCGGAGAGAAAGGCACCCAGCCCGUGCAGGAUGUGAAGCUUCAUGUGUUUGACGCAAACACUCUGACCUGGUCACAGCCAGAGACACUUGGAAAACCUCCAUCCCCCCGGCAUGGUCAUGUGAUGGUGGCAGCAGGGACGAAGCUCUUCAUCCAUGGAGGCUUGGCAGGGGACAGACUCUAUGAUGACCUUCAUUGCAUUGAUACAAGUGACAUGAAGUGGCAGAAACUAAGUCCCACUGGGGAAGCUCCCCCAGGCUGUGCUGCCCACUCAGCUGUGGCUGUGGGGAAACACCUGUAUGUCUUCGGAGGGAUGACUCCUACAGGAGCACUGGACACAAUGUACCAAUAUCACACAGAGAAGCAGCACUGGACCUUACUUAAAUUUGACACUUCUCUACCCCGGGGACGAUUGGACCAUUCCAUGUGUGUCAUUCCAUGGCCAGUGAUGUGCACUUCUGAGGAAGAUCCAAAUCCUGUCACUCUGAACUGUGAUGCUGAGAAAGGGGACUCUGCUGACGAAGGAGUGACCCAAGAUGGUGACUCACAUGAGGAAAGUCAGACUGACUCACUGCUCUGUUUUGUGUUUGGUGGGAUGAAUACCGAAGGGGAAAUCUAUGAUGAUUGUAUUGUGACUGUAGUUGACUAAUAAAACCCACCAUUUUUGAUA